CUUUCGGAGGCUUCACCCCAGCUGGGUCUCCGGAACCAGCACCCAAGGGAGUUCUGACCAGCAGCCUCUGCCCUGAGAAUACCAACUGGGUGCUGGAUCAGUGCAGGGGGGUGGUGGGUGGCCUGGGACUCAAUGAGACCCACCCCUUCCGUGCUCAGCCAUGUGGACGGUUGCAAAUCUCCAGUUUGGGGCCUUGGGUCUCCUGGUGGUCGCGGCUUCCUGGGCCGUGGGCAGCCAGCGGAGGGCGGCCGAGGGGGGGAUCCGUAGGAGGUCGCACCGGGUUCAGAACGGGCGCUGCAGUUACACCUUCGUCCUGCCAGAGGCCGACCCCCAACCCUGCCAGCACCCUGGGGAGACCUUCAAUGUCAACACGCUGCAACGGGAUUCCCCGGCUGGCCCUUUGCUGUGGAGCGAUGACCAGUCCACCCAACGGGUCCAGCAGCUGGAGAGGGUCUUGGAAAACAACACCCAGUGGCUGCUGAAGCUGGAGAGCUACAUCCAGAUGAAUAUGAAGUCGGAAAUGGUGCAAAUCCAGCAGAAUGUGGUGCAGAACCAGACGGCCACGAUGCUGGAGAUUGGAACGAACCUCUUGAACCAAACAGCGGAGCAGACCAGGAAACUGACUGACGUGGAGGCGCAGGUACUCAACCAGACCUCCCGCAUUGAGAUCCAGCUCCUGGAGAACUCUCUGUCCACCAAUAAGCUGGAGAAGCAGCUGCUGAUGCAGACGAACGAGAUCCACAAGCUGCAGAACCGAAACAGUAUUUUAGAGACGCGAGUCCUGCAGAUGGAGACGAAGCACCUGAUGGAACUGGAAGGGAUCCGGACGGAGAAGGAGGAGCUGCAGCAGCUGGUGAGCCGCCAGAGCAACACCAUCGAGGGCUUGGAGAAGUCUCUCCACGCGGCCAGCGGCAACACCAGCCUGCUCCAGCAGCAGCAGCAGCAGCUUUUGGAGUCGGUUCAGAAUUUGGUCCAGCUGGUCUCCCAAGGCAAAGUUCCUCCAAAGAAAGAAGACCGGCUGUUCCAGGACUGUGCAGAAAUCCGCCAAUCUGGAGUUAAUCUCAGUGGGGUUUACACCCUCCAUAUCAACAAUCUCACUGAACCCAAGAAGACCUAUUGCGAUAUGGAGACGGACGGAGGUGGCUGGACGGUGAUCCAGUACCGUGUCAACGGCAGCGUCAGCUUCCAAAAGAACUGGAAAGAGUACAAACAGGGCUUUGGGGAUCCAGCAGGAGAAUACUGGCUGGGGAAUGAGGCAGUCCACCUCCUGACCAACCAGGGAACCUAUUCUUUGAGGGUGGAACUCCUGGACUGGGAAGGCAAUCGCGCCUACGCCCACUACGAAAAGUUCCAGCUGGGGAGCGAGCGUCAGCGAUACAGGCUUUUCUUGAGAGGCUACAAAGGAAGCGCUGGGCAGCAGAGUGGAUUGUCUCUCCAAGGGACAGGCUUCAGCACACGAGAUGCUGACAAUGACAACUGCCGCAACUGCAAGUGUGCCCAGAUGCUGUCCGGUGGUUGGUGGUUUGACGCCUGCGGACUCUCGAACCUGAACGGCAUCUACUACCCGGCGAGGCACAAUAUCCGGAAACUGAACGGGAUCCGGUGGCACUACUUCCAGGGACCGGGCUACUCGCUAAAGGGCACGAGGAUGAUGAUCCGGCCUGCAGGCAGCCCCGAAGGAGCUUAGCGGAGAGAAGGCCGAGCCGGGCUGCAGUUUCUGUGAGCUAGGGAGAGCAAACCUUGGCACAGGUAACAGGAACUGCCUUCAGGUUUGGACAGGUGGCAGAGAGACUCCCCAGCAAAGAGGCCCUUGCGGCUAGGAAUUCAUUUCUGAGGUCGGACGCAAACAGAACCAGCGCUCUCUUUCCCUUCCCAGAUGACGCAGGUAGCUGUCUUUUGUGGGCUUUUGGACUUCCGAAAAAAUGUACGGCGAACUAUUCUGUGUGUUAAAGGCUGAAUCUGCCCGUGAAAAGUGCGUCACGCUAUCCGGCUCAUU